UCUCACGGGAAUUUAAGCUUUUAUUUGUGUUUUCCUUUCAUGGCUGCAUUGGUGAAACAACUUAUUUGUAAGCAGCAGAAUGAAUAAGAAGUGCAACCUUUGGCAGCGUGUUUUUAGAUGAUUUGAGAUCAUUAUCUUUCAUGACAAACAAAUCUGAGACUGUUCUCAUGUCCCGUCUGUCCUGCAUUGGUAAUCCUGCGCCUUGCAGAACGAAUCCGCUGGACUGGUGCCUUCCUAUUGAGACGCAAGAAGCAUAGACACAAGCCUGCAUCCGAGCGCAACAACACCAUAUCCUAACAUUUUAACCAACACAGAAACAUACAUUUUUUUAAAAACAACUUAGAAAGCACUUUUAAAUCCGGGGGUUACGGUUUUUUUUUGUUGCCGAGAAGUCGCAUGAGCUGGAGGGAUAGUAUCGACCGGGACAGCAGGAAUGGGAUACCCGGGCAGAGCACAGGGGGGAUGGAUGCUCCUGGUUUGGGUCGCCGCUGUCAGCCUGCUUUUUGCUGAAGGACGGAGAGUGAGGCCGCCCAGAUGUCCGGUUGGAUGUACCUGCACCAAAGACAAUGCCCUGUGUGAAAAUGUCCGAUCGGUGCCUCAUACGUUCCCGUCCGACGUAGUUUCACUAUCUUUUGUCAAGUCUGGAUUUAAUGAAAUCGUUGGAGCAAGCUUUGUUCACACUCCUGCUCUGCAACUACUUUUGUUCACAGCGAAUACACUUGAUUUUAUUGAUGAGGAUGCCUUCCUGGGUUUACCACAUCUUGAAUAUCUAUUUAUUGAAAAUAACAGAAUCGCAUCGAUAUCUCCAUAUGCUUUCCGGGGACUGAAAUCGCUGAUUCAUCUGAGUCUGGCUUACAACAACCUUGAGACGCUGCCCAAAGAUGUCUUCAAGGGCAUGGAAGCUUUGACCAAAGUGUGA